CAUUAGACGUUCAGACGUUUUAAUUUUGAGCCAGCAAAGAGAAUUCGAUUGGCUUCACUAAACCAUGGUGGCUAUUGAACAUCGUUCGAAAUCUUCGAAUACUACAACUUCAACAUCCAUAUUAUCGCCCACCUCUAAUUCAUCGGUCAAUUCAGCCACAACAUCGGUCACUUCGACCACUUCCCUUUCGACCAAAUCGACCACCACCCUUACGGUAAACAAGAAAAUGUCCACGGAACCAGAAACAUCGUCCUCAUCCAAAAGUGCUGUUAGCCAACGUCAAGUCGAGGCUAAAGUAUCGAAAAAGUCGCACAAGGAUAAGGAUGGUGGUGGUGCUGCUGUCAAUAAUCAGGAAGCAACAAAAAAAUCACUGAAAUUGGAUCUGAAGGGCAAAGAAACCGAUUUGGAAUCACUCAAAUCGCCCAAAUCCCCCAUCGGAGGUCGCCUGACCCACCAAACCUCACUGUCUUCGUCCGUUGAUGUAGAGGAUCGCAAAACAUUGCGCGAGGCCCUCUAUCAGGGUAUAUUCCAUCGCCAUCGAAGAACAAUUUUCGCCUUUGGAAGUUUCCUGCGCAUGCUGCGUAGCCGCAACUCCCAGUACAACUCGAUACGCAGUGCAUCCGAGGGCGAGGCCGAGGUCGAAGAGGUCAGAUAAGAUGAGGAGUUGGUGGUGGUGGAUGAUGGUAAACAUGACAUGAUGAACCAUGAUGAAACUGGAAAAUAAACAAUUCACAUUUUUUU